UGAUGAUUGAUCGAAUGCCAAACGGACGAGUAAAGAAAUGACAGUACUAUGUAUAAAGGACUUUGGGUCUCCCAUCACCUGCUCCCCUUUCGCCUCUCCAUCAUUUCUUGGAUGCACACUGUGAUACCCAGCUUGCUUGUCUUCCUGCCUCUCUUGAUUUCUACUCAUCUGUUAGUCGUCUUACCUCUUACCUACGGAUAGAACCACAAGGCCUCUGAAUUCCCUACAGCCGCACGUCAUCUGUCAUUCCACUAGCAGUCAUGUCAGCAGCGGCAGCGAUUGCGCAACCGCCAUCGGCGACAACAAUACCUCAAAUCGGUGAUACGAGCCCCCGCCCCAGCGAGACCUCAGAUGACGUCUCAACGUUGAAGCCCACCAGUCAGGCAUCGUGGAAAAAGAAGCAUGGCCUGCAUCUUGGCCGCAGCAACAGCGAUCACAGCAACAACAGCGCGAAACAUGAUAUCAACCGCACAGCAUCGCCUAAGCGGUCUAAGACGUUCUGGAAGUCAUUCAAGUACCUCCUCGACUUGACGCCAAAACAAGUCGACGAUUUCAUGGCAUCUUAUGUCAUUUACAGCCUUGACUGGGCAGAUGAGGAGCAAAUGCUCAAGACGCUCGGCCCGGAUUACAAGGCCAAAGUCGGCGACUGUCUGCAAGCUUACUACGGAGUCCUGAAUCACCUCUGCGCGCUGGGCGACGUGGAGAAGAUGUACAUCCCUCCCUUGAUGGACAAGAAGGCGUCCGUUCUCGAUAACCAGAUGCUGUACGAGGAGUCGAUCGCCCAGGACAUUGAUCUGAAACCGGGAGACAGGGUCCUGGACCUCGGAUGCGGCCGUGGAAGAGUCGCGGCCCACAUAGCGGCUGUCACCGGCGCCGUGGUCACCGGUCUAAACAUCGACCCGAACCAGAUCGCCCAGGCCAGGGAGUUCACCGAGCAGAUGGGUCUGCAAAACAGCUUCACGAUUCAGGACAUGAACGAGCUGCCGCUGCCCUUCAAGGACAACUCCUUUGACGCAUUCUACCAGAUCCAGGCGCUCAGCCUGUGUAAAGACCUCCCGAAAUUAUUCAGCGAGCUGCGCCGCGUCCUGAAGCCCGGCGCCAAGAUUUCGUUGCUGGAUUGGGUAAGUCUGCCGGCGUACGAUGCGACGAACCCGGAGCACGCGGAGUUGAUGCGGCGGACAAAGCCAUUGAUCGGAGCUGUGGGGACACCGACGCCCGAAACUUUUGAAAAAGCCUUGAAAGAUGCUGGUUUCGCCAUUUUGAAGUCGGACAACGCGAGCAUAGAUGGGCUACAGGCGCCACUCAUCGACAAGGCCGACGUCUACUUUCGCAGUUUGCGACAGGUUAUUCUUGGUCUGGUCAAGGUUCACUUGCUGCCGCCCCACUUCAAGACGCUCAUCAACCGGCUUUGUCUGGAUGGGCAGGCCUUUGUCAAGAUGGAUACCAUGCGGUUGGUGACGACGAGUUAUAGGAUCAUUGCGCAGAAGCAGUGAUUGUUGUUGAGGCUCUUGGGGAGUCGGAAUAUUCAUUCAAAUGGCAUGGCAUUGAUUUUAGUGCCAUUUGGCAGCGUGGCGAAGGGCGGGCCCACGCUCUCAAUGGUCAUCUCGAAAACGUAACAUACAUGCUUUUGAAACUUAAUUGCUGGAUCCAUAGUAGACCAUAGAUUAUGAGAAAUCGUAACGAU